AUAUGACAAUCCGCUCAACUGCGACUGCCAGAUGGGAUGGCUCAUUAAGACAGUACAGGACAGCCAGUCCAAUCUCACAGUAUUCGGCGCCGUGUGUAGUGAGCCCGCACACCUGCAGGGACGUAACAUAGAGAACGUCACCCAAGCGGAUCUCAACUGCAACGAUAUCAACGAAUGCGCACAUGAACCAUGUAAGAACGGCGCCACGUGCACUUAUCUUCAGAACACGUACUCGUGCAUAUGCUCACCGGGUUGGCAAGGCAACAACUGUGAUCAGGGUACCAACGAAUGCGCAACUGCGCCGUGUAAGAACGGCGCCACAUGCACUUAUCUACAGAACACGUACUCGUGCACAUGCUCACCGGGCUGGCAAGGAAACAAGUGUGAUCAGGAUAUCAACGAAUGCGUUCCCGCCCCGUGUAUGAACGGCGCCACGUGCAAUAAUCUUCAAAACGCGUACUCAUGCACAUGUUCACCUGGCUGGCAAGGCAACAACUGUGAUCAGGGUAACGUGAGCCGACUUUGUGAUUCGAACGGAACAUGGCAGAACCUACAGUACAACUGUCUAAAAGCUGAUGUUAGCAAUGCUGUUAACCAGACAUAUUUGCUGACUGGAAACGUUACAUCGGCCGAGGUUAUCAACGCUUUGUCGGCGGUUGCAAACGUUACAGAAUAUAAAGAAAAUCGGACAUCGUCAGAGCUGCUCAAUACCACAGACAUAUCAGCUUUAGCAGACGCUUUGGACUUAGUUGCAGGCAUUGUCAGUCGCCAGGGAAUAGCAACGUAUGAUGUUGCCAAGGUAUUUCUGAAAUCGGCAAGCAAUAUCUUAGAUAUGGAAAACAAAGACGCAUGGUUAUCGUUGAAACAAGCGAACAAAAAUACUAGUGAAACACUUUUGUUUUCAAUCGAUGAAAUUGGUUCUGGACUGCGUAAUAGGAUAGCAGCUGGAGUUAUUGGCAACGUUUUGGUUGUUAAUAAGAAUUGCGUGUUCGAAGUUAAGAAAGUGACUGAUGGGAUCGUACAUUUUCCCGACAAUCAAACCAUCCAAAACGACACCCAAGGUGACAAUACAUGGAUUCGUCAGUCAAGGAGUCGCAUAUCUUUAAACACAACGGCAUUAGGUGAAGUUGUUGUAGCGAUAGUUAUCUACAAAGAUAUGACUGGCAUAAUAUCUUCUAGAACUUCAAGCAACCGGUCAUCGCACAAUGAAGUUAUAGUUAACGGCCCUAUCAUUUCGGUUUCGAUUUCCAAUAACUCUACCAAAUUGGUCUUACCGAUUCAUAUGACCUUCGAACAUGGACAGAAAAACUUCACCAAUGCAACAUGCAACUUCUGGAGGUUUAGGCCUGAGCAGCAGGGUUAUUGGGACAAUGACGGAUGUAUAGUUCAAACUUCAAAUGACACGAUUACUGUGUGUGAAUGUUACCACCUCACAAACUUCGCUGUCCUGAUGAGUCCUUUUGUUGAGGCAGAUGAAAAUACCAGAGGCAUACGCAUUGUUUCGAUUGUUGGCAUUUCAGUAUCUUCAUUGUGCCUUAUUCUGACGAUUAUUGUUUUUGCAAGGCUUUGGAGAUACGUUCGAAGUGACAGAUCCAUUUUGUUGCUAAAUCUGAUCACUGCGCUUAUAAUCUCGUACGGGAUCUUCAUUGGAGGAAUCGACCGUACGGAAAAUAAGAUUGUGUGUACGGUAGUCGCGGCUGCGUUGCACUACAUCUAUAGCGCCGUCUUUUGCCUCAUGCUUGCAGAAAGCAUUGGUAUUCUGAGUGGCGUUAUUCUAGUGUUUGCACAAACAUCACUACUCCGCAAGCUGUUAGUGUUUGCAUGGGGUGUUCCUUUUAUCAUAGUUGGAAGUGCACUUUCAAUAACAAAAACAAAUGGAUAUGGCGACGAUCAUAACUGCUGGCUGUCUCUAUCUCGUGGACUCAGAUGGGCAUUUGUUGGUCCAGCCUUGUUCGUAAUACUGUUCAACAGCAUUGUCUUGAUUAUAUUGUUUAAGAAAAUGUUUGCUCUAAAAUCAAUGGAAGACAAGCCAGUUAAAGACAAGAUCAAGACAACUCUUUGGUCUCUUUGCGUGCUCGUGCCUCUGAUGGGCAUCUCCUGGAUUCUCGGCAUCUUCUACGUCAACGAGUCGGCCUCAUUCAUGCAAUAUGUGUUCGCAGUCUGCAACGGGCUGCAGGGUGUUUAUAUCUUCGUAUGCAACUGCGUGUUAAAUGAAAAGGUUCAAGAUGGCUUCAAGAGGGAGAAAAUACGACGUUUAAACAAAUCGAUAUGACGAGUGGUUAUCACUGAAUCUGCGUAGCGUGUCGAAAGAAUCAACCGAUGAACGACGUGAUUGCGAUUAAGACAACACUGAAUCUGAUCCAUCCGUGUGUUAUGUGCAUCCAUGUCGGUUCGAACCUUCAAAAGGAUCGUAUUACCAAACCAGGAGCAUCUGGCACUCAACUGAUAAGGAACAGCAAGCAACGUGUAGAUUUGAUUAAUUCACAUGACUUAUCUUGAUAAAACAAAUGAUAUGAAUGGAGUGUAAUAGAAGUGUUCCAUUUUAUGUUUUAUUCAUAUAUCCAUUAUUAAAUUAUUCAUGAGCAUUUGAAGGUUUACGAACGUUUUAUAACCAUUCUAGAGAAAAUACAUUUAUUCAGACCAAAAAACCAAAUACUAUGAAGGUAAAAUAUUUCAAAAUAAUGAACAUGUAUUGUAUAUAAUAUUUAAUCAAAUCGUAAUGUAUAAUCAGAAAUCAGUACAAUUAUAAGUAGUAAAUAAAGUUUUUCAUAUGUGUGUUUCAUUGUUUGGAUUCGGAAAAAAUCAUGUAUAGUUUAAUUUGAUGUCGAAACAAAUAACAACGGAGUAUGUGGUAUCAACAGGUUGACAAUUUAAACUAAAAUUUUUAGCUUUGCUUCCUAGACGUGUGCGCUUGUUUUUGUAAGAUACGAAGUAUCUGCACACAAAUUAAGAAUCCAAACUUGCAGAUAUGCUCGGAAUAUUAUUAAGUAUAUGUUGCAAUGACGUUGAUUCAGAAUAAAUCAAUCAAUCAAUCAUAGUUGAUUGGCAAGGCUGCUUCUGUAUUUGGCCAAGAAAAUAUAUACAGAAGAAAUAUGGCCAGGGAAUCAUACAAUAAUACAAAUUAAAGAUGAGCAAAAAUGACAGUCGUGACAAAUAUGUUUGAAUUUCAAAUACAAUUAUGUUUGUUAGCAUGCAAUUAAUCAACAUCUAGACUAUUAAAAGUCUCACAUUGAAGUUUAAACGCUUCCAUCAAAACAAUUCCCAAUUUUCUUGAGCUUAAGAACAUUAGUACAAAACAUAAUACAUAUGUAUUACGUAUGGUAGGUCAUGAUGUCUGGAUAUUAUAUGUUAUACGUAAAUAUAAUUUCAAGGCGUUCGUUAUUUAUUUAGAAGACGGAUAUAAUUGUAUAUGUUUAUUCCGCUAUUACACUAACUUGAGAAAACAUAUAUUAACCGUAUAUCUUAUAUUAACCCAUAUGCAAAUAUAUUCCACAAGUUACUAUUUUCUUGUGGCUAAUACACAAAUUCUAAUGUAUGAACAUAUAUCAAUCACGCGUGAGGAGAAAUACAAGCCUAAAUAGUUUUGUGUAAUACAUUUCAUUACCGCUUAGAUAUAAUAUACGUGUUCUUGCAAUUGAUAUGUGUGUAAAUAUAUUUAUAUUAUUCUAUAAUUAUUUAAAUAUGUUAUAUUCUGUUAUGUUGCUAUACCAAUUCACGUGACGUAAUACAAUGCUAAUAUAUAUUUAUGAAGACGUCUGUCUGUCUGUCUGUCUGUCUGUCUGUCUGUCUGUCUGUCUGUCUGUCUGUCUGUCUGUCUGUCUGUCUGUCUGUCUGUCUGUCUGUCUGUCUGUCUGUCUGUCUGUCUGUCUGUCUGUCUGUCUGUCUGUCUGUCUGCCUGUCUGUCUGUCUGUCUGUCUGUCUGUAUGUAGGUAUGACUGUCUGUCUGUCUGUCUGUAUUUCUGUCCGUCUGUCUGCGUCUGUCAGUAUAGCUGUAUGCCUGUCUGUCUGUAUGUCUGUACGGCUGUAUGUCUGUAUAUCUGUAUAUUUGUCUGUCUGUCUGUCUGUCUAUGUCUGUCGGUACGGCUGUAUGUGUAAAUAUUGCAUGUUAAUACCGCAUAGGUGAAACUUUUUAAGCGCAGGAUGCUAAUCGGCAUGUAUAUUUUAAAUGCCUACAUUUUGAAUUUGGUCAAUAUUUUAAGUUAAAAACAUGAUAACUUUUAAUUAUAUCUAGCUUUAUGUUAAUGUCUUUAUAAAUUAUGCUGUUUGUAUGUCCAAAUUAGCUACACAAUGAUGUCAUUUGAUGUUUAAUAGCAAGUGCGUUCAUAUUAAUAUACUAUCAACAAA